CAAGACGACCUGCUCGCAGGGCUCACUGAUGAACGACAGGCCUCGGCGCCCUAGCCGCUCCCCAGCGCGGACUCGAUCCGACUCGGGGACAGGUUCGAGCAAAGCGGCGCCAAACAAGGGCCCGAGCCGCGAGCCGACAGACGCAGAGUUUGACGCUUUGCACAAGAAGCUGGACACGGCCCUCCUGCUCUGCGUGAUCGCCGUCCUCGUCGUGAUGGAGGAGCCGGCAGCGCUGGUUAGAGACGUGACCGAGGCGGUCCUCUCGGCGCCUCGCCAAUUCGACUUCAUCGAGAGCCAGACCCUGAACGGGUCGAUUGCCAUCGGCCUCAGCCUGCUCUCACUGUACUCGUGGGCGCUGCUGUAUGGCGUCGAGCGCACCGGAGCCGCCGUCCAGCGGCCGUGGACGGCGGCGCUCCACUCGGCGGGCUCUCUCCUCGAGCUCGGGCUCGGACUCUGCGCGACGCUCGACCUCGAGGCGGCCGCAUCAGUCGUGGGCCCCUUGGAGGAAGGCUCGUACCAGGUGCCGUGGGCACGCGCCUCGGCCUGCGUCGCCCUCGCGGUCACUGUGCCGACCGGCGUGCUGCUCGCCCGCCACUCGUCGCGCUCCGGCGUCCGGCACCUCGCCGACACCGCCUUCGGGCUCUACCACGCCGCGCGCGCGCUCGAGGCGGCGCGCGUCCUCGCGCUGUCGCCCAGGCUGCUCCCCAACCUGUGGAUCCUGCUCCACUCCGGGACGGCGGUCCGGCUGGUCGGCUUCUUCGUGACGCCCUACUCGUCGACCGACGGCGCGCGCGGCGACCUCUUCACCGAGCCGCUCUGCUACACGUUCACGCUCCUCCUCGCGGGCUUCCUCGUCGCCGCCUUUGUCUACCCGCCGCACUACCUCCUCCUCUCGCUCGCCGCAUUCGCCCUCGCGAACCGGAUCGCCCCGCCCGCCCUGUCGGUCCGCCUCCCGGGGUCGCCCCGCAAGACGUCCUCGCGGGAGCCCGCCCGCCAGAGCACCGGAGGAGACACCGGAGCCCGCCAGAGCACCGGAGGCGACACCGGAGGCGCUCUCAAGGCGCAGCCCGCGGCAAACAAGCCGUCGGCAGACCGCCAGCCGUCGGCCGACCAGAGCCUGCCCCCCGACCCGCAGCCCGCGGAGCCGCAGCCCGCGGAGGCGUACCCCGUCGGCGAGAGCCCGCGCGCGUCGCCCCGUCCCGCCGCGCCCGCGCCGCCGCCGCCACAGCCUCCGCCGCAGUGGCGGCGGCGGCUGCUCCGCGCCGCCCUCGACGCCGCCCUCGUCGCUUCGUUUGGGGCGCUGGCGAGCCGGACGAUGCGGUUGGGCGAGUGGGACGCGUACUGGACGCACCAGCGGGAGCACGUCUGGGGGCGGCUCGACUACUACCAGCCGGUGGUCGACUUCGUCUCCCAGCCGAUGCGCCCCUCCCUCUGCGUCCUCACGUACGUCGCCACGGUCUAUUUUCUGCUCAAGACGUACGUCAUCGAGCGGCCGGUGGUGCGGCGCGCGCACCGUAAGUUCGCGGCGCACGGCAACGGCCGCGUCGUGCUGGUGCACGGCGUCGGCUCGGCGGUCGAGCUCUUCGUCGGGAUGUGCGCCAUCCUGCGCCCCGACAGGCAGUGGCUCACCCACACCGCCGUCGGCCUCGCCCUCCUCGUCAACGUGCCGAGCGGUUUCCUCCUCACCCCUCGCGUCUACGGCGUCAAGCACCUCACGGUCCCCGGCUUCGCCCUCUUCGGCGUCUCGCGCAUCAUCGAGGCGCUGCGCACGCUCUUCAUCCACCCAGCGCACGUCCACGGGCUCUGGAUCCUGCUCCAGGCCACUUCGACCCCCAAGCCACCGGACCGCGACGCGGACCCUCGCCCUCGCGCCCCUGACUUCACCCCACUGACCCCUCGACCCAAGGUCGGGACGCUGGUCCGGCUGUUCGGCUACUUUGUCCUCCCGUACUCGUCGACCGACGGCGCGCGCGGCGACCUCUUCACCGAGCCCGUCAACUACACUCUGAACAUCCUCCUCUCGGGCUACAUCACCGCCGGCUUCGUCUACCCGCCGCGCAUCCUCGUCCUCUCCCUCUUCCUCUACGUGUGGGCCUACCCCUUCUGGCCGCCCAGCCUCGCCGCGCGGCGGCGGCCGCGCCUCUCCUGCGCUGAGCCGACCGAGACCGCGGCGUGGCGCGAGACGUGGCGCGAGAGCGCGGCUCGCCGGGCGGCGUCCUCGUGAUUGCUGACGGAAUGCCACUGCCGGCUUCGGAGAGCAUUGGCGUUGUGUUUGCGCUGCGCGCACUCGCAACGGACGAGCACCAGCGCUGUACACAACGAGGUACGUCCUGGCUUCCUCGACGCUCGAGUUUUUAUUGCACUUCUGAUACUGUUGGUUGUGUGUGUGCAUGUGUGUGUGCUCUGCCUAUAUCACUAUUGUGUGAUCUGUAAGUUUGUGUGUGCUGGAUCUCCGCAUGCGGAUGGCUAGUUGCAAAUACACGGGUGCUGUGGUGCUAGGUAUAUUGUUGGCAAAUC